AGGCUGAGCUAGCUGCACUGCACUUAGACCUUCUCCUCCCCAGCGCUAGUUCGAGCUCCAAAGAUAGUAAGCUGAGGGAUAACUAGCGUCUACGAAACUCAACUACUUCUGCAUCACUGUAGAACAUCGAGAAGACAGGGGGUAGAUAUGAAGAGUGUGUAUGAUUACGUGGUGGGGGAGUUGUCUCGAGGCUACCUCUUGGAGAGAGACGAGGCAAUGCUCUCUGAGAAACAGAGAAGAGUCGUCACUUUCAUGAAGACUCCUAGAGAGCUGGAGAAGCUGAUGUUGUUCGGCUUUCUCAUCUGCCUCGAUGCCUUCCUCUUCAUCCUGACCUUCCUCCCCAUCCGGGUCCUCCUCUCCCUCUCGCACUCCCUCUACAGAUUCUCCCGCUGUAGGCAGAGGUGGAUAGAGACAUGUGAUCUUUGUGAUAUAUUCAGAGUGUCCAUUCUCCUGCUGUGUAUAGUGUGUAUGGGCUACGUGGACACCUCCGCUGUCUACCACAUUGUCCGGGCUCAGUCCGUGAUCAAAUUAUACGUCAUAUACAACAUGCUAGAGAUAUUUGACAGGCUGCUGGCCAGCAUAGGACAGGACACCCUGGACUCCCUGUUCUGGAGUGCGGUGGAUGUGGAGGGUAAGGAGGGAGGAGAGGGCAGGAAGCCCAGGGACUAUCUCGGAGCUGCUUUUUACUACAUUGUCGCCACUGGCUAUGUCCUCAUCCAUACCGUGGUUCUACUGUUCCAGACGGUGACUCUGAACGUGGCAGUCAACUCACACAGCAAGGCCCUUCUCACUAUCAUGGUCUCCAACAACUUUGUCGAGCUGAAGGGCUCCGUGUUCAAGAAGUUUGAGAGGAGCAACCUGUUUCAAAUGUCCUGCAGUGACAUCCGUGAGCGGUUCCACUAUGUUGUAUUACUGGGACUGGUGUCAGUCAGGAAUCUCGCUCAGUUCAACUGGGACCCCAGCUAUCUUCACGAGGUGGCCCCCGUCCUACUCCUGGUCCUGGUCUCUGAGGUGUUUGUGGACUGGACCAAACACGCCUUCAUCACAAAGUUCAACGACAUAUCCCCAGAUGUAUAUCAAGAGUACAGGUCCAUUCUUGCCAAGGAUCUUGCUUCGAGCCAGCAUCAGCAGGCAAAAUCAGAUCACAGCGAUCUGGUAUCGAGAAGAAUGGGAUUUAUACCACUGCCCCUGAUCUGCCUGGUGAACUGCCAUUCCUCUCUUGGGGACCUGUUACGUAAGAUGUCGUCAUCAUUGUUGGGUGUGUCCUUGCAGGUGUGGCGGACACUGAGUCAGUCAUUCUCGUUCCCUGGAUCCAGAGAGGCAGCUCUAGUUGCCACCAUUUACCUCUGGUGAGAACCUUUAUUUCUUUGUACGUUCUGCACUUCAAAGUACUUUUUGCCAUGGGCAUAAGGGUUAGCUCUUUGAAAAAGCAAAAAGCCAACAAUGCUGCAUCUUCUUGUAUAUACAUUAUACCUAGUCUUCUGACUAAUGCCCUCAUACAUUGUAUAUUAUACUUCCACACACGACGGAUGCAUUUGACAGUAACUUCCCGAGUGUGUAAGCCACAAAAUGCCUAAAAUUGUUGCGAGGUGCCCCCUUCAGGUAAAUAAUUAUGCAAAUAGCUAUUAUGGUGAUUAGGUAAAGCCAAUCUCUCCGUUUGUCUCUGUGUCCCAAGUCUGACAUCAGUCAAGGUUGUAGUGGGGAUCCUGCUACUGCAUGGGGCCAGGAGCUACUGCGAGGACAGGAAGUCGUCGACAGGUGCUGCAUCCAGUAAUGAGAGUAGUCCCUGCUCACAUGGGAGUGAGACGAAUUCUGGUGUGGCUGGUGAUGUCAUCAUUGUGGGAGGAGCCGAGGGAGGAGUGAGACAGAGAACAAGUAGUGCCGCUGCCAGGAAGACAGUAAAACAACGGUCGCUCUCUGAAGUGGAGAGAUACACUCUUGUUAGCAACCGAAUAGUGUAGUUCUUAUUUUAAAUUUUGCUCAUCGCCCGGCCGGCCUGCUGCCGCACUGCCGCGCAUG